AUGAUCCCCUCCAUGGGGCUGCUCAACACUCUCGCGGUCCUCCAAGCCUGGACGUCGACUCACGAUCUGCGCGACUUAUCUGAGUCUCGAAUCGGGUGGAUCUUCAGCUGCUAUGCCUUUUUCCUUUACUUUGGGGGGGCGCAAGUCGGUCCAAUUUUCGACGCUCACGAUGUCAAAGUCUUGCUGAUACCUGGGACCAUUGGCAUUUUCUUAUCUCUCUUAUUUCUCAGCUUCUCAACGGAAUUCUACCAGUGUCUUCUCUCUUUUGGCGUCCUCGGUGGCCUUUCAGCCUCACUCCUCUUCAACCCGAGUCUCGCAGCCAUAGGCCACUGGUUCCACCAGCGCCGUGCCUUUGCCACCGGCCUCGCAUGUACCGCAGGCGGCCUCGGCGGGAUCGCCUUUCCGCUCAUCAUCAUGUACGCCUCACCCAAGCUCGGAUUCCCCUGGGCGAUUCGCAUCAUCGCCUUCAUCUGCCUCGCCCUGCUGCUCGUCGCCUGCGCGACGCUGCGAAAGCGCCUGCCGAGCAACAAGCAGCGAGGUGCGUCCAUCGACCUCAAGGCGCUCAGGGAGCUCAACUUCGCCAUGACCACGCUGAGCAUCUUCCUGAUCGAGUUCGCCGUCUUCAUCCCGUACACGUACAUCGUCUCCUACGCGCUGCACAGCGGCUUCGACGCCCGGGGGGCGCAGAUGCUCAACGUCCUGCUCAACGCCGGGGCGGUGCCGGGGCGAGCCCUCCCGGGGUACGCCGCGGACCGCUACGGGGCGUUCAACACAAUGUGCGUCACGGCGGGGGCGUGCACGGCGUCCAUCCUCGCCCUCUGGCUGACGGCCGGCGAGAGCCGGGCCAGGACGACGGCGUUCACGGUCCUCUUUGGCUUCUGGUCCGGCGCCGCCAUCAGCCUGACGCCCGUGUGCGUGUCGCGCGUCUGCAGGAUCGAAGACUACGGCAAGAGGAACGGCACUACGUUCUUUGUCGCGAGCUUUGGCGCCCUGGUCGGCGUGCCCAUCGGCGGCGCCAUCGUGGACAGCAAUGGAGGCGGCUAUCGGGGGGUCAUAGUCUUUGGCGGGGCUCUAUAUGCCGCGGCCUUUGUUUCGUUUGUGCUUGCGAGGGGCAUCGCUGGUGGGUGGAAGCUUUGCAAGUUUUGA